AGCUCCCCCUCCCCAGUCUCGGGUCCCCAAACUCCAGCGGCGCGGCGUCCCCGUAAGUGCGGGAUCAUAACGCUUGGUCUCGCUUCGCCCCGGCGUGGUGCUCGCAUGCUUCUUUUUUUCCUGGUUUCGGGGGCGUCUUCCUCUCCGUUUCCCGCCUUCUUUUCCGGUUGGCUUGUCUCGGUGAUUUCCCUCCCUGGAAGAGUUUAAGCUGACUAAUUCAUCCUGUCCAAGAUGGCUGACAGUGACAAAAACGGAAGCAGCCGCUCGAGUACCAGCAGCAGCCGCCUACAGAGCAAGAAGCCCCCCAACCUCUCCAUCGUCAUUCCACCCAUGGAGGGAGAAAGUGAAAGCAGCAAAACGAAGCUUUUGAAGAAAAACCCAGUUUUACAAAAGAGUGUCAGCCUCCAAGAAUCAAGGGUGAAAAGGCAAGACAGCAACUUUGAAAGACAUCCUGGCUUACACAGGCAAACCUCGCUAUCCCAGAGCAUCCGCAAAGGGGCAGCCCAGUGGUUCGGAGUCAGCAACAACUGGGAUGGGAAGCGGCAGCACUGGCAGCGCAUGAGCCUGCAGCACUGCAGCCUACGGUAUGGAAAACUCAAACCUGCCUACCGAGAAAUGGAGCUGCCCAGCCAAGAAGUCCCUUCCUUCCAAGGCACAGAGUCUCCCAAGCCAAAGAAGAUGCCCAAGAUUGUGGACCCUCUUGCCCGAGGCCGGCCCUUUCGGCACCCAGAUGAAGUGGAUCGCCCACGUACCCCACAUCCUGUUGUACCUCCUCUGACCCCUGGCGUCAUCUCCUUGACGUCGUUUGGCAGCACACGGUCUGGCUACACUCGCAUGCCCCGCAGGAAGAGGGAGUCGGUAGCUCACAUGAGUUUCAAGGCGGCUGCCGCUAUAAUCAGAGGGCGUCCUGUCCUGGAGUCCUCAGCACCAAAGCGGAGGUGCAACAAAAGGAGCUUUCUUUACCCCAGUUUCAUGGACGACGACGUGGUGGAUGGCAUGGAUACUUAUGACUCCUCCUUCUUCAGUAAGGUGGACAUUCACGACGAGAUGUGCUCCAUGCCCGAUGAUGUCUUUGAAUCCCCGCCCCUCUCUGCCACUGGCUUCCGAGGGCUUCCUCAGCCAGAGGAUGGCAAGUCGCCUGAGGCUGAGCAUCCAGUGCAGCGUGCUGCAUCUGCUGCCGUUCCCAAGAGGGGCACACGGAUUGCCUCUCGAGUCAAACACUUUGCCUUUGAUCGCAAGAAGCGCUACUACGGACUGGGGGUGGUGGGCAAGUGGUUGAACAGGACGUAUCGGCGGAGCAUCAGCAGUGUGGUACGCUCUCAGCUGGAGAUCGGAGACAGCCACAGGCCCUACUUCACUUACUGGAUCACCUGUGUCCAUAUCAUCAUCACUCUCCUGAUCAUUUGCACCUAUGGGAUUGCGCCUGUUGGCUUUGCCCAACAUCUGACAACAGCCUUAGUGCUGAGAAACAAAGGGGUCUAUGAGAGUGUGAAGUACAUCCAGCAAGAGAAUUUUUGGAUUGGACCAAGCUCGAUUGACUUGAUCCACCUCGGGGCCAAGUUUUCCCCUUGCAUCCGAAAGGACCAGCAGAUCGAGAAGUUGAUUGAGAAAGAGAGAGACCAAGAGCGCAAUUCAGGCUGCUGUGUCCAAAAUGAUAACUCUGGGUGUGUUCAGACUCUGCGCAAGGAUUGCUCGGAAACACUAGCUACUUUUGUCAAGUGGCCAGACUAUAACCCGCCAGCUGUAGACCCCAGCAACUCCAGUGUGAAGAGGACAUCCGGUGCUGUGUGCUCUCAGGACCCCAGGACUUGUGAGGAACCAGCCUCAAAUCAACCUCAUAUCUGGCCAGAUGAUAUCAGCAAGUGGCCGAUAUGCACCUAUCAGGCCAAAAGCAAUCACUCUGGCCUCUUGCAUAUGGAUUGUGACAUCAAGGGAAGACCAUGCUGUCUUGGAACCAAAGGCAGCUGUGAGAUCACUACUCGGGAGUACUGUGAAUUCAUGCAUGGCUACUUCCAUGAAGAAGCAACACUCUGUUCACAGGUACACUGCAUGGGUGAGGUGUGUGGCCUCUUGCCAUUUUUGAACCCAGAGGUUCCUGACCAAUUCUACAGACUCUGGCUGUCUUUAUUCCUUCAUGCUGGAGCAAUUAACUACUUGGUAGCCAUGGGGGCUUACCAGAAGCAGCUCUGGGCAAGAGUCCUACCAGCUCUGCAAGUCGCCCCAGAUGAUAUUAGGCAGCUGUGCCUCAACGCUCAUGCUGAGGCCCUGGAGGCGGAGCUUGACUGCAGUGAAGCCAGCAGCACCCGAUGGUUGGUUUCCACCAUUUCUCUGGCCUAUGAAUUGCAGAACAAGCCUCUCCCUGAAGAUCUCAGAGCUCAUUCCACCAGAGCUGUUGCCACAUCCACUGCCCUGCUGCGAGGAGUUGACAUCCAGGACAUUUCCAGAGCAGCUACAUGGUACAAUGUGUCUACCUUUGUUACACAUUACAGACUGGACCUCCGGGCCAAGAAUGAGACCAAGUUUGGGAGAGCUGUGGGGCCAGCAGGAUCCCAGUUUGGCUUGCUAGCCUGCCUGUUUGUGGAACUGAUUCAGAGCUGGCAAGUCCUAGAGAAACCCUGGAAGGCUUUCCUGAAUCUUUUUGGGAUUGUCCUUUUUCUCUUUAUCUGUGGCCUCCUGCCAUGGAUCGACAACAUUGCACAUAUCUUUGGCUUCCUCAGUGGCCUCUUGCUUUCCUUUGCCUUCCUGCCUUAUAUCACCUUUGGCACUGUAGACAAGUACCGCAAACGGGCCAUGAUCAUUGUCUCGCUGCUAGUCUUCAUUGGCCUCUUUGCAUCUCUUGUGAUCUGGCUCUACGUGUACCCGAUCAACUGGCAAUGGACUGAGUAUUUAACCUGCCUGCCUUUCACUACCAAGUUCUGUGAAAAAUAUGAUUUGGACCAAGUCUUGCAUUGAUGAAGUUGGGAGGCUGUUGAAUGGGCUCAGUGGAGAAUUGAAACAUGCCAGAUUUCGAAGAGCAAAGGAUGGGCAGGAGGGCAGUGCCUGUGGCCCAAACUAAAGUAUCUUUGCUCCCAGCCUCCCUUUGGAAUUCCCCAGGAACCGCUCAUGAAACAUCAGGUACCAAGUGCUGAAGCAGAAGCUGAGCAAAUCUCCUUACUAUCUGGGUGGGAGUGAGAGAGUAUUAGCAGACUGAAACACUUAUAGCUUCCUCUGUAACACUUCUGGGCAUUAGGUAGCCUUUAUCAGCAGGUAUUACUGUGGAGCAAGAUCAUUCAUGCAAUGCUGCCUUGACUCUUGAGCUCUAAAUGGCUCAGAGUUCACCUGUUACCGGAAGCCCUCCCAGUGUAGUGCCUGCAGCAGAUAAUCAGGUCUGCAAAAAGUUUGAUGUCAGGACCACCUCCCCAGAGUUUGCACUGUAGAAGAUAAUCAACCAUCUAUGCCUUUUAAGUCAAGUCCCAUCUGAUGUGCUGGCAUGAUCCAAUGACACCCUUCAUCUGCGGAGCUCCUCUGGCCCUUUCGGGGGGGCAGAUACCUACCAGGAAGUGACUUUUAAACAGCACCUUAAAGUGAAGUACCAUCCCAUUGAAGUGCUUAUAUUUACCAUCUGCAGGGUUCUGUGGUCUCCUUUUUUUAAAAUGCAGUUCCUGGUUUUGGGAAUUCUUUUCCUAAUACUUUUUUGGCAUAAGUUGGUGCUUGGACUUCACGGCAGUCUUUGCUGCAUUUAGUGCCUUUUUUGUGGUACUAGGAAUUGUACUGUGAAAACAAUCCCCCUUUUUUUGUCCCAAGGGGUAUUUUUGUAUAUGGUUUGGUUUUUUUUUUGUCUUAAGACAUCUACAAUCUAUGUGUGUUACUAUAGCCAAAUAUGUUUUUUGGCAAAAGAGCACUGAUGUUUUCAAAGAAAUCUUGUGCCAUCUGUCGGAAUUGCCUCUAGCCAUUCCAGUAUCUACGAGGAGCCUGUUGGAAGGAGAGCUUCUCUUGAGGGAGGCCAGACAUUUUCUAGAGUGACAAACAACAUGGGGUGGGGGGCAUUGUUUUUGUUUAGAAUAAAUACAUCAAUUUCAAACAA